AUGUGUAUCGUUAAUGUUUUAGCUCAACAAAGCGUUAGUCAAACAACGUCGUCGACGUCUAUUCCUAUCUCACCAACUCCACCUGGAGGUAAUAAUAACGGAAAUGGUAAUAACGGAAAUGGUAAUAAGGGAAAUAAUAAUGGUCCAACAUUUACAAAUCCAAACCAAGGCAACAGUCCUACAGUUGCUAUAAAACCUAUUUCACCUACUUCAAAUGGAAAUGGAGCAGCUAUACCGCCGGCUACAAAUACGAAUGUACUUCCCACUUUACCAAAUUCUACAAAUCAAAACUCGGGAAAUAGCGGUAAUAACAGUAAUCAACCAAAUUCACCACAAGCCAAUACUGACACCGGAAAUAAUACACCUGCACCAUCAAAUCCACAAAAUGAAGUACCUACACAAACAAUUACUGAGAAUAAUUUACCUACUUCGCAGGGAAAGCCAAAUUCUGUUAAUAUUGCACCCAGCUCCAUCACCUCUAUAAAAUAUUUUACAUCCACUUUGGCAACUUCCGCCACACUACUAAUUACUACCACUGAAAAUUCUUCCACGAAAGUAAUUACCACUAUUGUGGCUUCAUCUAAAGUUGUUGUUUCGUCAUCUAAAGUGAUAGUUGCUGCAACAAACAGUAACUCACCUAAUAAUAAUAAUCUUAUUUCAAGUGCUGAUUCAUUUCUUCUCAUUGAUGAAAUAUUUGAAAGUAUAAUAAUAACUUUAAUUAGCGUUUUCGGCUUAAGUUUGAUUUUUAUCUGA